GAAUGCGAAGAGCUGGGGCUCCCAGAACCGCGACUGGAGGCCAGGCUGCGACCGAGACUGGGCAACGAAGGGCAGAGAACCUGUGCCUGGAUUCGCCGGCUCCCCUGAGUCCCCGAUUGCUCCUUGUCACGCGAACUCAUGAAAUGGCCACAGAUGAUAAGACUUCCCCACCACCGGACUCUGCCAAUGAUUUGCCUCGAUCUCCUACUAGUCCUUCUCAUCUCACACACUUUAAACCUUUGACUCCUGAUCAGGAUGAACCUCCUUUUAAAUCAGCAUAUAGUUCUUUUGUAAAUCUCUUUCGAUUUAACAAAGAGAGGGCGGAAGGGGGCCAGGGAGAGCAGCCGCCUCUGAGUGGAAGCUGGACCAGCCCUCAGCUCCCAUCAAGAGCACAGUCUGUGAGGUCGCCUACACCUUAUAAGAAACAGCUUAAUGAGGAGCUGCAGCGACGAUCUUCAACAGUGCUCGCAGAGAACAGUUUGCCACAUCCCCAGGAGAACACAGGGCUUUCAACUCAGUGCUGUGGUUUGCCCAACUCAAGGUGGGACCUUCGAGCUUGCACAUACUGCAGAAAAAUAGCCUUAAGUUAUGCUCAUUCCACAGACAGUAAUUCCAUUGGGGAAGACUUGAGUGCGCUUUCUGAUUCUGCUUCCUCUGUGUCUAUACUUGAUCCGAGUGAACCCCGAACACCUGUUGGGAGUAGAAAAGCCAGUCGUAACAUAUUUUUAGAGGAUGACUUUGCCUGGCAAAGAUCAGCCAGCAUUACUAACCUGUCGCUGGAUAGAUCUGGCUCUCCCAUGGUACCUUCAUAUGAGACAUCUGUCAGUCCCCAGGCUAACCGCACAUAUGUUAGAACAGAGGCCACUGAAGAUGAACGCAAAAUUCUUCUGGACAGUGUUCAGUUAAAGGAUCUGUGGAAAAAAAUCUGCCAUCACAGCAGUGGAAUGGAGUUUCAGGAUCACCGCUACUGGCUGAGAACGCAUCCCAACUGCAUCGUAGGAAAGGAAUUAGUCAACUGGUUAAUCCGAAAUGGACACAUUGCUACAAGGGCACAAGCCAUAGCAAUUGGACAAGCGAUGGUCGAUGGACGUUGGCUGGAUUGUGUCAGCCAUCACGAUCAGCUUUUCCGGGACGAGUAUGCACUGUACCGACCACUCCAGAGCACAGACUUUUCCGAGACCCCCUCUCCAGACAGUGACUCGGUGAACUCUGUGGAAGGACACUCUGAGCCCUCCUGGUUUAAAGACAUCAAGUUUGAUGACAGCGACACAGAACAGAUAGCCGAAGAAGGUGACGAUAAUUUGACUAAUUCUGCCAGUCCUAGCAAGCGCACAUCAGUCAGCAGUUUCCAGUCCACAGUGGACAGUGACUCAGCCGCUUCUAUCAGCCUGAACGUGGAGCUGGACAACGUGAACUUCCAUAUCAAGAAGCCCUCCAAGUACCCACAUGUGCCCCCUCACCCUGCUGACCAAAAAGAGUAUUUGAUUUCUGACAAUGGAGGACAACAGCUCUCAAUAAGUGAUGCCUUCAUCAAAGAAUCUUUGUUUAAUCGUCGAGUUGAGGAAAAAUCCAAGGAGCUGCCUUUCACGCCUUUGGGCUGGCAUCAUAACAAUCUGGAGCUGCUGAGGGAGGAGAAUGGAGAGAAACAAGCCAUGGAGAGGUUGCUUUCAGCUAAUCAUAACCACAUGAUGGCACUACUCCAACAGUUGCUCCAUAGUGAUUCAUUGUCACCAUCUUGGAGGGACAUCAUUGUAUCACUGGUCUGCCAGGUUGUUCAGACAGUCCGACCUGAUGUCAAGAACCGUGAUGAUGACAUGGAUAUCCGUCAGUUUGUCCACAUCAAAAAAAUCCCAGGUGGAAAGAAGUUUGAUUCUGUGGUUGUCAAUGGAUUUGUCUGUACCAAGAAUAUUGCACAUAAAAAGAUGAAUUCUUGUAUUAAAAACCCCAAAAUUCUUCUGUUGAAGUGUUCCAUUGAGUAUCUCUACAGAGAAGAAACUAAAUUUACUUGCAUUGAUCCUAUUGUGCUGCAGGAAAGGGAAUUCUUGAAGAAUUAUGUUCAGCGAAUAGUGGAUGUUCGACCCACACUGGUUCUAGUAGAGAAAACGGUAUCUCGGAUUGCCCAGGACAUGUUAUUGGAGCAUGGCAUUACUUUGGUCAUUAAUGUAAAAUCACAAGUUUUGGAACGAAUCAGUCGAAUGACCCAAGGUGAUUUAGUCAUGUCGAUGGACCAGCUGCUUACAAAACCCCACCUGGGCACCUGUCACAAAUUUUAUAUGCAGAUGUUUCAGUUGCCUAAUGAACAAACCAAAACACUGAUGUUUUUCGAAGGCUGUCCCCAGCACCUGGGCUGCACGAUCAAGCUUCGAGGAGGCUCUGAUUAUGAACUGGCUCGAGUUAAGGAGAUCCUAAUAUUUAUGAUCUGUGUAGCUUAUCAUUCUCAACUCGAAAUCUCAUUCCUCAUGGAUGAAUUUGCUAUGCCUCCGACAUUAACGCAAAACCCUUCCUUCCAUUCUCUGAUUGAGGGACAUGAGGAUGAAGAGGCGGCACAAGAGCCGUUCACUGGGAGUCCCCUCCCCCAGGAGCCUGGCUUCCCUCUGGAGUUGCUGCCCCCUGAUGAUGGCAGUUUGCUAGAAUCAAGGCUUGUGUUUGACAAGGGUGACCAGGAAAAUAAAGGUUUUGCGCAGGAUGUCGCCUCUGUGAAGCAUCAGGAGCUUGCCACCGCAGCUUGCCCCGUGGGUGUGCCCUGCGCUCUCUUUCCAUCAGUCCCGGAAUCACUGUUGCCGCUCCAUGUGGAUGACCAGCAGGAUACCCUCUGCCUUGAGCCGCCAGAGACUUUGCAGCAAACAGAUGAGCUACAGGACCCCAAAAGCCAGAUGAAAACCUUUAGAGACCCUCUCCAGGAUGACACUGGGCUCUAUGUUACGGAGGAAGUGACCUCUUCUGAAGAUCAACGAAAGACUUAUUCUUUGGCCUUUAAGCAGGAAUUAAAAGACGUCAUCCUCUGUAUCUCCCCAGUGAUCACAUUUCGGGAGCCCUUCCUUUUAACUGAAAAGGGGAUGAAAUGCUCCACCCGCGAUUAUUUUGCAGAGCAGGUUUACUGGUCUCCUCUCCUCAAUAAAGAAUUCAAAGAAAUGGAGAGCCGGCGGAAGAAACAGCUGCUCAGGGAUCUCUCUGGCCUGCAGGGCAUGAAUGGAAGUGUUCAGGCCAGGUCUAUUCAGGUCUUGCCCUCCCAUGAGCUCGUGAGCACUAGAAUUGCCGAGCAUCUGGGCGAUAGCCAGAGCUUGGGGAGAAUGCUGGCUGAUUAUCGGGCCAGAGGAGGAAGAAUUCAAAAAAAUUCAGACCCUUUUGCUCAUUCGAAGGAUGUAUCAGGUUCUUCAAGUGGCAAAUCAGGAAGCAAAACUGAGGGUGAGGAAGAGAAAGGCUUGAUUCCAAGUGAUGCGGUGUGGUCCACAAAGGUGGACUGUCUGAACCCUGCCAACCACCAAAGACUGUGCGUGCUCUUCAGCAGCUCCUCUGCCCAGUCCAGUAACGCUCCCAGUGCCUGUGUCAGCCCUUGGAUUGUAACAAUGGAGUUUUAUGGAAAGAACGAUCUUACGUUAGGAAUAUUUUUAGAGAGAUACUGUUUCAGGCCUUCUUAUCAGUGUCCUAGCAUGUUCUGUGACACCCCCAUGGUGCAUCAUGUUCGGCGCUUUGUCCACGGCCAAGGCUGUGUGCAGAUAAUCCUGAAGGAGUUGGAUUCUCCAGUACCUGGAUAUCAACAUACAAUUCUCACCUAUUCCUGGUGCAGGAUCUGCAAACAGGUAACACCAGUUGUUGCUCUUUCCAAUGAGUCCUGGUCCAUGUCAUUUGCAAAAUACCUUGAACUUAGGUUUUAUGGGCACCAGUACACUCGGAGAGCCAAUGCCGAGCCGUGUGGUCACUCCAUCCACCAUGAUUACCACCAGUAUUUCUCCUAUAACCAGAUGGUGGCCUCUUUCAGUUACUCUCCCAUUCGUCUCCUUGAAGUAUGUGUUCCCCUCCCCAAAGUAUUCAUUAAGCGUCAGGUCCCAUUAAAAGUGUCCCUUCUUCAGGAUCUGAAGGACUUCUUUCAAAAAGUUUCACAGGUUUAUCUUGCUAUCGAUGAAAGACUUGCAUCUUUGAAAACUGAUACGUUUAGCAAAACAAGAGAGGAAAAAAUGGAAGAUAUCUUUGCACAAAAAGAGAUGGAAGAAGGGGAGUUCAAGAACUGGAUUGAGAAGAUGCAAGCAAGGCUUAUGUCUUCCUCUGUAGACACCCCUCAGCAACUGCAGUCAGUCUUCGAGUCACUCAUUGCCAAGAAGCAGAGCCUCUGUGAAGUGCUACAAGCCUGGAAUAACAGGUUGCAGGACCUUUUCCAGCAAGAAAAGGGUAGAAAGCGGCCUUCAGUUCCUCCAAGUCCUGGAAGACUGAGACAAGGGGAAGAAAGCAAGAUAAGUGCAGUGGAUGCACCUCCAAGGAAUAUUUCUCCAGGACUUCAAAAUGGAGAAAAAGAGGACCGCUUCUUAACAGCCUUGUCCAGUCAGAGCUCCACCAGCUCUGCCCACCUCCAGCUGCCUUCUCCACCUGAGGUCAUGCCUGAGCAGCUGGGGGGAGGGCCCUCUGAACUAGACACAGCCGGCAUUUCCGAAGAUGUGUUUGACGGACAUUUGCUGGGAUCCACAGACAGCCAGGUGAAGGAGAAAUCAACCAUGAAAGCCAUCUUUGCAAAUUUCCUUCCAGGAAAUAGCUAUAACCCUAUUCCAUUUCCUUUUGAUCCAGAUAAACACUACUUAAUGCAUGAACAUGAACGGGUGCCCAUUGCAGUCUGCGAGAAGGAACCCAGCUCCAUCAUAGCCUUUGCUCUCAGUUGUAAAGAAUACCGAAAUGCCUUAGAGGAAUUGUCCAAAGCGACUCUACGGUCCAAUGCCGAAGAAGGACUUCCAACCAAUAGUACUUUAGACAGCAGACCAAAGAGUAGCAGCCCUAUUAGGUUACCUGAGAGCAGUGGAGGUCAGACAAACCGUACAGCAGAAGCAGAACCUCAACCAACCAAAAAGGCUUCCGGGAUGUUGUCCUUCUUCCGAGGGACAGCAGGGAAAAGCCCUGAUCUGUCUUCCCAGAAGAGAGAGACCCUACGCGGAGCGGACAGUGCUUACUACCAGGUUGGGCCGACGGGCAAGGAGGGCACGGAGAACCAAGGCAAUGAGCCUCAAGAUGAAGUAGAUGGAGGAGAUACACAAAAGAAACAACUCACAAACCCUCACGUGGAGCUUCAAUUUUCUGAUGCCAAUGCCAAAUUUUACUGUCGGCUCUACUAUGCGGGAGAGUUUCACAAGAUGCGGGAAGUGAUUUUGGGCAGCAGUGAAGAAGAUUUCAUUUGUUCCCUUUCCCACUCGUCACCCUGGCAGGCCCGAGGAGGCAAAUCAGGAGCUGCCUUCUAUGCGACUGAAGAUGAUCGGUUCAUUUUGAAGCAAAUGCCUCGUCUGGAAGUCCAGUCUUUCCUCGACUUUGCACCACACUACUUCAAUUAUAUUACAAAUGCUGUUCAGCAAAAGAGACCCACUGCAUUGGCCAAAAUUCUUGGAGUUUACAGAAUUGGUUAUAAGAAUUCUCAGAACAACACUGAGAAGAAGUUAGAUCUCCUUGUCAUGGAAAACCUUUUCUAUGGGAGAAAGAUGGCUCAGGUUUUUGAUCUGAAGGGUUCACUUAGGAAUAGAAAUGUAAAAACUGAUACCGGGAAAGAGAGUUGUGAUGUAGUCCUGCUGGAUGAAAAUCUCUUAAAGAUGGUUCGAGACAAUCCUCUGUAUAUCCGUUCUCAUUCCAAAGCUGUGCUGAGAGCCUCGAUUCGCAGCGACUCCCACUUCCUUUCUAGCCACCUCAUUAUAGAUUAUUCUUUGCUGGUUGGACGAGAUGAUACCAGCAAUGAGCUGGUAGUUGGAAUUAUAGAUUACAUUCGAACAUUUACAUGGGACAAAAAACUUGAGAUGGUUGUGAAAUCAACAGGAAUUUUAGGAGGCCAAGGUAAAAUGCCAACUGUGGUCUCUCCAGAGUUGUACAGGACUAGAUUUUGUGAAGCAAUGGACAAGUAUUUCCUGAUGGUACCAGACCACUGGACAGGCUUAGGUGUGAACUGCUGAAAUGAAGCUGUUAGUUUGAAAUGAACCGUGAAGGAAAUGAGGCUGGAACAAAGGACCAAAAAUAAGCUCCAUGUUUUACUUCUUCAUCACAUUCACCACUGUUCCCAGGGCCUAUCAGUUCUGUGGCAGGAUGUCUAUAACCGAAGGGUUAAAACUCGAUGGAUGUGCACUUUGGUUUUUGAUACCUACAGAGUGGCUGUUCCUAGGCUGGAAAGUUGCAUGCACAUUUUUUCACUUGAGCUUGAAUAUAGACACAUUUCAAGGGCUAAGGUCAAAUGUGUGGUUAGAGACGAGGAGAUAGGGGGAAAAUGGGUUGUCAUAUGUGCUAACAAUGUUAAGAAAAUGUCUCAUAGAUUGUGACUCUCUUGGCAUCACAUUUGACACAUUCUUGACUUACAGAGCAUUUGUAGAGCUGGUGAAUUUCUUUUUGUUGUUGCUUCUUAUGUAACAGUUUAAUGCUGCCUAUUAUCAGAAUUUCUGAAACCUUUGAAAAAUCCUGAAUUAUUCUGUUAAUGGCCAGUUAAAUCGAUUGAUACAAUCUUCUUGUUUUACCGAGGACUUUGACUUAUAUUGGGAAUCCUGGUAUUUUGUGUAUCUUGCCCUAUUUUCCAGUAUGUUUGAUGUUUUUCAGGUUCUGUUUUUACUUCUCUGUGGAUGACAGGAGGCUAGCUACUUUUUAAGCUUGUUUACAAGUUUUGUGCAACUAAUAUGCUAAACUGCCCUUAUCUGUACAUGCUCUUACUCCAGGUUUUUUCCCUCCACUUUCAGGGAAACAUCAGUAAAUGAGUCUACAAUGACUGAAUCCCCAAAGGGAGAAGGAUUAAUGAAGGAUUUUCUUUUUCAUGUAAAAAAAUAUAUAUAAUGUAAAAAAAUAGGCCCGAUCCAAGAAAUUGGGUGAGAGGGAAGCACUUGCUUGUUUCUUGUAGUGGUUAAGUGUCUUUUUCACUAUAACCAGCAAGUUAAGUGAUAUCUAUAAAAUUAGAAAGUUUCCAGUCUGGAUAUCCCUGUUUCUUAACUUUCUGCACCAGUUUCUAGGCCAGUCCUGACUAUUGAGAAAUGGUAAAAUAUAAAAUAGCCUUAGUAAGGGACCUCUUGUUUCAUAGAGUGGCUGUUUAAAAGGUGAUCCGAAGUACUAAGCGUACUAACGAAGCGUACUCACGUAACUGAAUAUUUCCUCUUGGCUUCCUUCCAUAACAAGGAUAAUUUGGGAAUUUAUGAAGUCGUAAGAGUUCUACUCUUUCCAGACUUCCUAUAAUAGCACAUUUCUUUUGUAACGUUCCCAUAAUAAUAAUAAUAAUAAUAAUAAAUCUGGAUACAUUGCAGUUACAGAGACUAUAUACAUGAAAUAGGAACAUUUUGGCAAGUUUGUUGAGAAUGAAAGCAUUACUUUGGUGUAUGGUGCUUAUUAGAAACGUGGCUUGCUGUGAACUAGACAACAUGACCAAGGACUUACGACUGAUCUGAUGAUAAGCUUUUUUUUUAAAUGUGGUGUGCCUUUUGAAAACAUACAAAACACUGGUGAUUUCAGUUUUGAUAUCAAAGACUAGUAAAGGAGUUGUACAGGAGUGAAAAAUAUGUGGAACGUCAUUAACUUCUUAUGUGCCCAGGAACGAUGGGUUUUGCAUCUCAUUUUGAAUGCAAACACUAUUUUGUCUCACUGUUCAUUUUUUCUGUCAAGAUACUUUGGUUUAUUUUUCCUGUCCAUUUCCUGCACCCCCAGUCAUGAACACACUGUAGGAAGUAUCUUCCCCUGGUUAUAAUCAGGUAUGUGUGGCUUGGAUCCUCCAUUGGAAUAGCUCCAGACAAUAAUAAUAAUGUCUUUUUUAUUUUGUUUUCCUUGUCCGUGACUUGAAGAAC